AUGGCUGCUGCUCCGCAACAGUUCUACGAGCUUUACCGAGGAAGCAGCAUCGGAGAAGCGCUCAUUGACACGAUCGAUGACCUGAUCAACGAUGGACGCAUCGAGCCACAAUUGGCCAUGAAGAUCCUCAGCAACUUCGACCGCGCGAUUGCAGAGACACUGGCUGAGAAGGUCAAAUCAAGACUCACUUUCAAGGGUCACCUCGAGACUUACCGGUUCUGCGAUGAUGUCUGGACAUUUCUGGUCAAGGACGUGAGGUUCAAGAGCGACGGUGGUCAAGAGUUUACUGCGGACAAGGUCAAAAUUGUUAGUUGCAAUUCGAAGAAACCUGGUGAAGUCUAG